AUGGCCUCAAUGAGCAACCAAACAUGCUCCAAUUGUAGUCUCAAUUCAUCAAAUAAGAAAGAAUUAGUUGGAUGGGUUUGGGAUAACCCCGGCCGCGGUACAAUAAGUUUGAUUACAACGUGCUUGGCUACGAUAUUUCUGUGCACCUGGGUCGUGAUCCAUCCCCGUGUCUACAAGCGCGAAUCUUCUGCAAAUCUGCAUAAGAUUGCCCUUUUCCUCAAGACAAUAUUUGCACCAGAGUUUAUUGCAGUGGAAGGACUUCAGGAAUGGGCGCAGUGCCGCAGGAUGCAAAAAGAAUGUGCCGAUUUCACAGCAGGCCAAUUCAAACUUGUUCAUGCUUUCUACAUCAGCAUGCUUGCACUAAGGUACCAAACACCAAACGGCGAUCGGGUCAUUUGGCCAAAUCAAUAUACCUGGUUAUUACAGGAAGACCUUAUCCGGUGGGAAACCCAUCCGAAUUGGGGUCUAUCUCUCGAUGAUAUCUACGACAAGAGCAAAUCAGAUAACGCUACAAAAUUACUGGCUAUGAUGCAAGUAAUUUGGUUCUCGGCACAGUGCAUACUACGGAUCUCUUAUCAUCUACCGCUUUCGCAAUUGGAGUCUAUGACCCUUGGUUAUAUCCCGUUGUUUAUCGUGACAUACUUCUUCUGGUGGAGCAAGCCUAAAGAUAUCAGAUCGCCUUCCCUUGUUGUGCUUCCGGAAAUGAGCCUGGAGCAAUUUCGCUUCUUCGAAUCAAUGGCUGUCAGUAAUAAGUUCGACAACGAGGGAAUGAAAGAGCAAACGUCUUAUUGGAAUAUAUGGUAUCUCACCCCACGGGUAUUCGAGAAGGUUGAAGAGGACAGACUCGUGCAGGAGGCUUGUAUGAAGCCAUUGAAGAGCCCAAAUCAAGAUCCAAUCACCCAACAACCAUGCGAAACCACAAUCAACGAAAGCGAGAUCCGAGAUAUUGAAGACCAACAUGAGUUUCGGAAGGAUAUCGUCGUGGCCCAUUGGGAUCCCGACCUGUAUAGGUCAAAAAUCUGGCCUUUGACGUGUCUGUUCGGAAUUUCAUUCGGCGCCCUUCACCUUGUAUGUUGGAAUACCAUGUUCCCAUCGGUCGUUGAGUUAUGGCUCUGGCGUGUAUCUGCAUUUGUUUCAAUCGUGUCGAUGCUCAUAUUUAUGCACUUUGAAAAGGUUGUCCUCCGCUGGGACGGUAUUUUAACACUUUUUAGUCUCUCAUCCCCAGUGUUCUACCUUCUGAGUCGCAUUAUCAUGAUGGGAGAAGUAUUUGCCGUCCUAAGAGGGGCAGACCCUGGCGUUUACGAUACCUAUGAGUACUCAGUCUACUGGUUGCCAUUCUUAUGA